AAAAGAAGCAGCUUUGAGAAGACGUGGAGCGUGACCCCCGGGAUAUCUGUGACAACAGAGACCCUCAGCUGAAAUGAACGCCAACCCCCCUGCAGGAAGCGCCCUGGCCCCUGGUGGAGCCACUGGGCCCACAACACCCAAGAAAGGCCCCCCCAAGUUCAAGCAGAGGCAGACCCGCACAUUCAAGAGCAAGGCCCCCAAACCAGGCCAGAAGGGCUUCGGCGACGACAUCCCCGGCAUGGAGGGUCUCGGCACAGACAUCACCGUGGUGUGCCCAUGGGAAGCCUUCGGCGACAUGGAGCUCAGCGACUUGGCCAAAUACGGCAUCAUCUAAACCUGCUGCCUCCUGCCUUCCUCGCCUGCCUGAUCCUCUCCUCCGCCUCCUCCCCCUCCUCCCCCUCCUCCCCCUCCACCCUACCUCAGCCCGGCACGCCGCGAUAAGGUUGCCGGGGAACCCCCCUAAUGCCCCCUCGUCUAUCUACCUCGAGCUCGUCUCCACUGAGUGGACGGAGAGCGUAAUGAUGUUCUUAUUUUUAUUUUAUUAUAUGAUACUGUUUAAAGUAUAUAUACUUGAAACCAGAAGACGAGAUAAAUGCCUCCACAUACCCUGUCCCCCUCUCCUUCUAAAAUAGACCUCUCCUCACUUCUCCCCCCUCCCUUCAUUCGGACGCCCCCCGCCCCCCUCCCCACCCCGGCAAUGGACGCAAGCAAAACCCUGGUUAACACUAGCUUGGAUUUGCUUCUAGCAGUCUAUUAAAAUGUAAAUAUGUUUCAGUGUUGAACCUUUAAACCUUGUCUUCCGUCCCACCUUUUUUAUUCCCCCCCCCCACCCCCUUUUCUUGUAUUUCACAUUGUAUUUCCACACCUUGUGCACAAGGUCGCUGUAAACACCAGGAGGAAGCGAGCAGAGCGUGCAGACAUGCUGUAACGGUGAAAAAAACCCACCAUACACUUUGACUCGACCGUGGAGGAUGAAGUCCCCUCUCUCUCUCUCUCUCUCUGUCCUCUGUCUCUCUCUCCUCGCUGCUAUCUCAACCCUCCUUCUAGACCGCAUGAAAACAUAUAAACAAACGCUUUGAGUGGCGAGCGCAACAAUACCAGAGGAAAUGUAUCCAGGAGCUGGUUGUGUCCUGA